CGUCAACCAAUGACAUUGCGCUAUUGAUUUUAUCGAUUUAAUUCAGUCACAAUGCACGGACGCGUAUAUAGAAGUGCAUCUAAAAGGAAAGGAACAUGAAGUUGAAACAUCAAAUUGUAUGGAUCUUCUUGAAUUCCUAACACAGUAAGCGUUCGAUUAUAAUGACUGACAAUACCUCCACAAUAUCUAAAGAAGAUCGCAAUUUUUGGAUCCUAAAUAUAGUGAUCCAACACGUUGCUCCAAUAGCUGUGAGGAAAUUGUUCAAUGAUAAAAUUCCACCAAAUUGUUUGGCGAAUAUUUUAAACAGCAAUGUUAAGAUUAUUCAAGACCUGGCCAACAAAAAGGUCAUCAAUACGCAGGCACAAGAAAUUCUGGUUAGAAUUCCAGGAUUCAAGUUGCCUUCAAUGCCAUCAUCGCCAAAUACAACAGCAACGAGCUCUGAUGAUUUUGAUAUAACAUUGAUGAUUUGCCUCUUACGAAGUCUUAGUUUUGUUCAACCGCCUACCAGUGGAUGGGACAAACUUCCACCAGUAGGUGAAAACUCUCUCGGGGCGAAUUUGGCAAGAAUUAAAUUCUACAGGAAUACAUUGUGCCAUACAUCAAAGAACAAAAUAAAUGACAAAACGUUCAAAAGAAUAUGGUCCUGUCUAACACAUUCCUUUUCGGAGAUAAGUUGCGGAGACACGGACAGCAUUGUUCGUGAAAUUGAAUCUUUCGACUUUGAGGGAUGUGGCCGGGAAAAACUCCUAUGUCAAAUACAAAAGGAACUACAUGAUAUUCAGAGUGACUUGCAAUUUCAUCAAAACUGGAAAACUAACACUGCAAGUGUGUUGGACGAAUGGAGAGAUGAAUUAGAAAACUUUUAUGAGACUGGAGGCACGAAGAAAGUUAUAGAACAGCUUGAUAAUAACACUGCUGUCAUGGUUACCGGAAAUUCUGGAGUCGGCAAAACUUUUAUCAUGAAAUACGUUUCACUUCUUUUUGAGAAAAAUGGAUAUGAAGUUGUCUUAAUAAGCUCACCUAACGAUAUCAUUCUUCAAAGAUUUCCCAAGCGAAAACAACUUUUCAUUAUAGAUGAUAUCAUUGGAAAAUAUAGAGUUGAUAGCGUCGCAGUUGAAUUGUGGAGAAGAUUACAUGACCGCCUAAAAGUUGUCUUUAAAGAGAAUAAUGUAAAAUUGUUGAGUACAUUACGUCGCCAAGUGUAUACUGAUAUGAGUUUGCAAUUUUUCUCCACUGUGUUUAAUUCAACAGUCGUUGAUCUAGAAUCAGAAGUUUUAGUUUUAUCUUCAAAUGAGAAAAGGGGAAUGCUUACAAAUUACAUGAAGCGAAGGAAAAUAUCUGAGAACUAUGAUGAUAAUGAAUUGUUGAAAAUAUGUUCUUGUCAAUUUGCCUUCCCGUUGUUAUGCAAUCUAUUUACAACAAAUCAAGAAUUCUUAAAAAUGAGAUUAAAGUUUUUCGAAUCUCCGUCCAUUGUUUUUAUAGAAGAACUAAAUCGCUUGCAAAUAGAAAACAAGGAGGUGUAUUGUGUUCUUGUGCUUGUAGUAAUGAUUUAUCUAGAAGAUCUGCAAACGAUAUUUGAUAUUAACUGCGAAAUAGAAAGAAAAGAGGCUUUCACUAAGAUUUUACGUGCUUGCGAAGUACCAGAAAACAUUGCCCGAAGAACGCUUAAAUUGCAUUUACAAUCAGUUGCAGGUAUGUUUGUUGAAAAAACAAACAUCUUCAAGUUUCAACACGACAGACUAGAAGAAACAAUCGCAUGUCAUUUUGGAUCCCAAUUUCCCGAUAUAUUGCUGCAGUUCUGUAAACUUUGUUUUAUAAGGGAUCGGGUUCGGUUUUCGAUUAAACCAACAGAUGAUGAAAACAUAUUAAUUUUAAAGCAGUCAUCUUUCGACGUGUUUUCAAAACGAGUCAUUGAUGAAAUAGUAAAAGGGAGAUUCAGGGACAUUCUUUUGAGCGAGCCAAUGCAGUGUAAAAAAUUUAUUGAACACUUUGCUUUUUACAUAGAAAAACAUGAAAUACAUUUGAAAGACAUAGAAAAUGCUUCAUGUAAUGAGACAUUUUUACCUCCACAACAGCACGAAGAAAACAAACAUAGAGUUUUGAGCGUAUCGAACAGAUUUGCUCUUUUAGAAGAGUUGCAGAGUAGGAAAAAACUCUUUAUUUAUUGGGUAGCUGCCAUGGGCUGUAUUCAGCUCUUUUCAUUAUUAUAUCAAAGACAAGGAAAGGACCAACAUCAAAACUUAAAGACGGAUCUUUUGCAUGUCGCUGUCUCAGGAGAAAACAUUGAUGUCGUAAAAUUGCUUAUUGAUGAAGGAGUGAACUUAAAAUCAUAUGACGAAUUCGGCAUUCCAUUGUUAUGUAAGAUAGCCGGCACAGACCGUUGUGAUAUUGCUGAACUGUUGAUAGACAAGGGCGCAGAUGUUAAUCAGCCUGACGAGAUGUGUGGAUGGACACCUUGUUUUGUUGCUUCUUGGUUUAAUGAAGCCGAAAUGAUAACAUUUCUGCUAAGUAAAGGGGCCAGCAUUGAACAUUUUGAUUCUCAGAGAAGGGUUCCGUUAGCAAUUGCUGUAAAAAGAAACAAUACAGAAUCUGUAUCAGUUUUACUUAAUAACGGAGCUAAACUAUAUAAUUCGUCUAAGGUAUUAAAUCUUACCUACGAUAUUGAAAUUGACUUUUCUAGUGUACUGGAGGAGGCAUUACAUAACAACAAUCCCAUAAUACUUAAGAUGCUGCUGGAUUCACAAAAAGGUAAAAAUAAAACAAGCAUGUCAAUUCCGCGUUCAUAUAGACACGCAGGUUUGGUAGGUAAACUUGCAAUCAUAUUUUUAAUGGAAAUCAAAAGAUAUGAUUUAGGAAAUCCUUUAUUUAGCUGUUUCGUCGAAAUUUGCAAUGCUAUUUUUUUCUACGACAUGGUGAAACUUAAAAACAUAUUUGCCAAAGAAGAUUCGAUCGAAAUAUUUGCAACUCGUAGGGGUUUUUCAUCAAUUAGACACAGAAGAAAGAUGCUUGCAACAUUCAAUGACAACUACUUGCAGUUUUGUCCAUUGCACUUUUCGGCCAUUUGUGAUAAUACAACAGCAGCAAAUAUAUUAAUUGAGAAUGGUGCUGAUCCGUUUCAACGAGACGUUCUAGAAAGAACACCUCUUCACUUUGCAAAAAGCCAAGGGAUGCUCAAAAUAUUUUUAAGUACAAAUAAGGAUUCAGAAUAUUCUAUUACAUAUUCUCCGCUUAAUCUACUUAAAAUGGCUUUGAAGUUUUGUGUCACGUUUGAAAUUGUUCCAUUUCUGUUUGAGAAAUUUUCAAGGCCGUACAGUGACUUAAAAGCUAAUGUUAGAGACAUCAACGGAAACACUCCAUUACAUGCAUUGAUUCUUGGAAUGAAUUCCUCUGAAUGCGUAGAUGCUGUUGAGACGCUUAUUAAUAAUGGCGCGGAUAUCAAUAUUCGAUGUAACAAGGGUUACUUACCAAUUGACCUCUUCAACACAGUGUCCCUACCGUUUCAUGAAUCUGUUAUUGAUAGGGGGAAAUUUCUUUUAGGAGGACAAAAGAAUAAAUCGUAUGUCAAAAAAGAAAAAUGGUACUUGGGAAUCUUGGCUACAUUAUUUGUUGCACUUUACAUUUUGUUUACCUUUCAUAUUGCCAAAUUAGCCUGUUAUCGGAAGGAAACAAGUUCAUCAUCAGAUCAAUUGCUUUUUUACUUUCAAGGUAUGGAGUAUUUACAAAUAGUAUAUAUGUAUACUUUGCAUCGAUUAUGUAACUCUUUUAUUAUAUCCCAACAAAAUUCUUCCUAUUUUGGAGUGGACACGAAACCCAUCAGAAGUAAACUCUAUUCCGAACAAAACUUUUUAGUAUUUUUAGACAAAGUAGUAGUGAUGUUUGCAUUCGUUCGCUUUAUUGCUCUGAGGAUUGCCAAUGUAAAUUCAGCAGACAGUUUCUUUUUUGUGUAUUGUGUUCUAGAAUGUAUAUAUUUUUGCAUCUUGUUUAUUCCAAAUCCAUGCAAAAACCUGGUACUUGAUUAUCACUGUAGAUUGAUAUUUGUUUUUAAGAUUAGUUUGUUGUCUUGUUUUGUCCUCUUUUUAAUAUUUAUUAGAUCAUCCGACACUUUGACAUGUCCUCAUAAUAUUGUUGAGGAAAACAUUAGCUGGGCAAAACUACUGUUCUUUUUUAUAACAAAGGGCAUAAUGUUAUAUAUUUACUUAAGGUUGUUUACAUUCCGAUUGAUAAAGCCUUUGCUCUGCCUUGUAUUCCAGCCAUCACACUUAUACAGAGAAAGCGCAUCGCAUUUGUCUUUCGUUUUGCAAUUGCUCUUCGUGAUUGUUGAAGUUUUAUUAGUGCCCCUCACACAUUUAUUUUGUGAGUUUAAAAACUGUUAACAAAGAAAAGCUUCUUUAAACCCGUCUAGAAUAAAUUGAAUUAGAUUAUUCAAAGUUAAAACGUUCGGUUGAUAUUUUUUUCUUGAACUUUUUUUCAGGAAUAUUAAUGUAAAUGUUUGUUUAUGUUUCCCCUUUUUAUUUUUUUAAUCAACUCUUAUAGUCGAAAUAUAAGCUCAACUUUCUGACUUUAUUGUUUGAACGAUAUUUCAUUUAUUUGAAAGCAAAUCGGCUUUGACUGAUUGUAGAGCUUUGGUUAUUUAUUUCAAAACGUCCGUCGUUGCUCCACGUCGUCGAUAAAACAGAUUUCGUUGUAGCCUUUUUUAGAUUAGAAAUAUUUUUCUACUAUUUUUGUGAGGAUAAUAUAGACUUGGUAUUCAAUGCAAAAAUAUGUCAGUAACUGAUUAACAUAUAUACAUUUAUUAUUUAGAACUCUAGAAUCUUCAUUAAAAAUUAACUCCCUAUUUAUCAACAACAUAAAAAACAGUUGUGGCAGGUCUCAUAUGAUUUUAAUAGACUAAGAUUUUACUCAAAGAUAAUUCAGUUGAGAUGAAAAAGUAUUCAGGCAUGACAGAAAAUAAAGUUCUUGAUACACAAUAGUUGAUCAGUUCCUUUUGUCAGUAAUGUUCAAAUUUCAGGGGGUGGGGGUUUCUCCGCAGUGUUUUUGUUUCUCUUAAAGAAAACACAUAUGAGUUAUACUUUAAACUUUAAUGGAAAAUGGCCCUGUUGUUGCAAAUCUACACUAGAGUAAACGAUUUUUUCCCAACUUCGUUUUAAGUCUCUUUUAUUUUUAUUAAUAAAUAUUAUUAUACUUUUGGACAUAAAGACUUCAAACUAGGUAUAUAGUAAGAUAAUAUUUAGAAUUAUUACACGCCACCAACAAUGUUGACCUCAAGUUAUCUUUUGUUACAAGGUCAAUCAUUUUCUGCAUAAUAUUACAUUAUUUUCCUUUAAUAUAAAUACUUUGGACUUAUAUUAUAGACAGAUAGUAAAUACCCGAGCUGAAACACAUCAUUUUUUUAUUACUUUACUAUAAUGUUUUUAUUUUAAGGUUUAUUACAUGUAAAAUAUACUUUGAAAAAAGGACUUCAAAAUUAAAACAGAACAAUUAUGAAACCCUUAUAUUUACUGUUGUUAACUUUUUUACAUCGACCCUAACUCAAGGACGAAUGAGAAAAAAAACAACAACAUUAUAUUCAUACUGUUCAGACUUUAAACUUUAUAUAUGCUCUAGAGAUGAAGUGACCCAUAUUAAAUUGAACUUUUUUUUUAACCUCAAAGCCAUCAUUUUAUGAAAAAUGUUCUAGUCCUUAUCAUUGAAUUUCUUUAUCUUAUAUCCUUUUAAAUUAUCAGGUGACAUAGAUAAGAUUAUAUAAAGCGUAUCUAAAUCAUAAAAAAAUAUUGACCUUGACUCAUUUUGUCUUUUAAUGUCAAGCGUUUUCUUAAGAAUACUGUCUGGAAUAUAACAUGGAAUACAUGAAAUACAUACAUUUAACUUUAUCACAGAUAGAUGGUAUUAAGCCUAGAUAAAUCUACCCCAAAAAGUACCUUAACUUCAAAAUUUUAGAUGCAAAAUACAAAAAUCCCCAGUCGUUUCCUCAAUAACAUUUGAUUGAAGGACGUCGGAAACAAAAAACAAUAAUUAUACACUUUGUUGUUAUUUUACCGUUACCAUAUUCUUUUAUCAAGAUAAAUUUAAGUAAAAUAUCACAAUUCCUGUUAAAAAAGAUACCUUCAAACCCCUUUGACUGAAAGACUUCAUGCGUUAGAUAUAUGAUAAAAAUAAGGGUGAAAUCUAGCAAAAUUUUGACCUUGACUUUAUUAAUCUCAAUGUCAUUUAUCCUUUGAAAAUUAUUACCUAAGUCACAGCGUAACAAUUCUUUAAGAUAAGAACGUGUAGAUGAUAUAAAACAUGGCUGAACCUAUCAAAAAUAUUAAACCUUUAACUAUUUUGUUAAAGUUUUCAAGGUCAAAUUUCAUUAACGAUUUUUUGGCUAUAAUACCUGAUACACUGGUAUGACAUUUAGAGUAGCCAACAUAAUCCUUUAUAAUUUAUAAAAAUCCCCACGUCUCCAAACCUAGGGGAGUUUGGGAAACAUGUGCUUUUUGUUGUUGUUCUUUUUGGGGGAGGGGUUAUUAAAACUAAAAAUACUCACUAGUUAUUCUAUAUUGGUGGUUUUUUGGUUGUUUUUUCACUUCGAUUUGCUAUUCAUUGUUUUUCAAUUUUUCAAAUUUUGUGUUGACCUUUUUUUUUGCUAAAAGAGAUGACACAAAAAAGAUAAAUGAUAUUCAGAUCUCUCUACUGUCUAAUACCUUACUCACGAUCGACAUCGAAAGUGUAUUAAACACGGAAAUACCAACGUAUUAGUUUGUAUCUUUUUUUUAAAUAAUUCGGUGGAAUCCUUAAAAAUAUAUUUAUAUUUUAAGAAAUAAUUUCUCUCAGAGAAUUUUAAUUUUUUAGCGAGAAAACAAAAUACUUUACUUGUUACAUGAAAUGUAAUAUGUUAUACAAUGACGCAAACAAUCUUAUUAGAAACUAAAAAAGGAACAGAGGUUAAAAAAAACCAAACAAAUAUGCCAACAGAAUCAAUAUAAUCGUUUAUCAUCGCAGUAAGUGGAUGUAUCUUCGAUUCCUAGUUAUACAUGUUUUGUUUUACAGUCAAAGUCAGUUCAUUGUUUGAUUGACAUAAAUUCUUUGAAAAUAAAAUUUUAUAAACAACGUUUUAGCGAAUUUACUGAGAUCUGUGCAAAUAUAUGAAUAUAUUUAAAUCAAGUGCAAAUAUACGCUUGUUGUAACAAUAUUUUUUGAUAUGCUUAGUUGAGUUUUAUUUUACCUUUGGUUAUGAACUAUAAAGAUGAGAAAAUGAGACAUAUUUUUAUUACAUAAAUAAACCACAGACUGUUUAAUAAAAAUGAUUAUGUUCAGGAAAAACGUGUUAAUUUGCCUUUUGUUAUUAUUUUCCAUUUUUCAUUUAAUAUGAUAUAACUUUUUUCCACUUACAAUGUACACUUCCAAAGAAAGGAAUUACACGUUGUGGAUGUGAGUUUUUGUAAAAUGAAUCAAUGAAUGAACUAAGUUCGUUUCAAACAAUGACUAGAAAAACGAAUAUUAGAAUAUGUGUAAUCUGAUGUUUCUAAAACACUAUUCAAAACCAUGUGAUGCGGACAUCGUUUUUGUGGAAAUUGAUAAAAUGCUUCCCUCCUAAUAUUUUUUCAUUGAAAUUACAAAACCCAGCAAAAUACAAAAAACCUGUAAUCAAUUAUGACGUUAAUAAAAUGUUGACAUCAUAGCUGAAAUUAUGGGUAGUUGGUGUUACGUCACAAUGAAAAUGUGUAGUACUUAAAGUACUAUAAAGCCUGGUUUUUACUAAAGGUAAUUUGUAUACUCUGUCCCAAGAUAUCCUGUAUUAACAUUUUGCUUAAUUGCUUGAUAUGUAUAAAUACCUCAGGGUUUUAACAAUGUUCAAUCAAAGGUAUGAAAAAUUUCCAAGAUUUCUCGGUCUAAACGCCCCUGUUUGCUUAUCAGGUUUUAAAUCAAUGCAAAAAAAAUGUGACAUCUACGGGGAUUUUGUAUUGCAGCAAGCCCGGAUGAUAACGUUGUAAAAUUGCGCGAUGUAUUUCGAGUGUAUUUCGAAUGGAGAAAAAAUGUAAACAUUCCCGAUUAUAAAUCUCCGUAAGGAAUCUGCUUUCGUCCCUGUGAAUUUUUCCAAGUGAAAGUUGAUAAUGUGUCAAUGAAAUUAUCUUGGAAAUUAUCCCUUUCAAAUAUUACAAUAAUUAUUGCACUUCUUUCACAGGUAUGUGUAUUUUUUUUAAAAUCGUCCAAAUGUGCUGUAUAAAUAUCUUGGGACAGACUAUAGCAGGAAAAUCGAAUUCCGGACUUUCAAGCGUGUUAGUUAUUCACUGUUUUGGCGCCAGUAUAGACGCAUUACCUUUACUUUAACUCUGGCUUUGGAUGUUUGACACCAUUUUAGAAUUACAUGUAUCUACAAUUUUGCUUACCACGUUGUUAAGGUUCUAAUAUUUUCCACGUUUAA